AUGGCCGACGAACACAUUCUCACGCUGUCGUGCCCGGACAAGCCGGGCAUCGUGCACGCCGUCACGGGGGUCUUCGCAGACCAGGAACUCAACAUCCUCGAUCUGCAGCAGUUUUCCGAUCCGACGACGGAAAAAUUCUUUAUGCGCGUGCACUUCGGCCCCACGUCGACGCCGUCGACGGAGCACCUCCGCGGGCCCUUUGACGCGCUGGCGGCGACGUAUGCCAUGGCCUACGACAUCCGGCCCGUCGCGCAGAAGGCGCGCGUGCUCAUCAUGGUGUCCAAGAUCGGGCACUGCCUCAACGAUCUGCUGUUUCGCGCAAAGACGGGCCAGCUGCCCGUCGACAUCCCCGUCAUCGUCUCCAACCACAACGACUUUGCCCCGCUCGCCGCCAGCUACGGCAUCGAGUUCCACCACCUGCCCGUCACCCGCGACACCAAGGCCGCCCAGGAGGCCCAGGUGCUCGAGCUCGUCCGCCAGCACGACGUCGAGCUCGUCGUCCUGGCCCGCUACAUGCAGGUCCUGAGCCCCACCCUGUGCUCCGCCAUGUCGGGUCGCAUCAUCAACAUCCACCACAGCUUCCUGCCCUCGUUCAAGGGUGCCAAGCCCUACCACCAAGCCUACGACCGCGGCGUCAAGAUCAUUGGCGCCUCUGCCCACUUCGUCACGGCCGACCUCGACGAGGGCCCCAUCAUUGAGCAGCGCGUCGCCCGUGUCGACCACAGCAUGAGCGCCAAGGCCCUUGUCGACGAGGGGUCUAAUGUCGAGAGCCAGGUCCUCGCCGCCGCCGUCAAGUGGUAUGCCGAGCGCCGCGUCUUUCUCAAUGGCACUCGGACUGUUAUCUUCUAG